AUGUCAGACUCAGAGGGGUGCCAGGAGGGUGCAGAAGGUGUGACCCAAGUGGAAGAGGAAUCCCCUGGGGAGAGUGAGAGGCUGACAGCACAGUGGAGCGUGGAAGAUGAGGAGGAGGCAGCCAGAGAGCGGCGGCGGCGGGAGAGGGAGAAGCAGCUGAGAUCCCAGGCGGAAGAGGGCUUGAAUGGCACCGUCUCCUGCUCAGACACUGGGGGGCCAGCAGAGGAAAACCACUAUGACUUUAAGCCAUCUGGGACGUCAGAGCUGGAGGAGGAUGAGGGCUUCAGUGACUGGUCCCAGAAGCUUGAGCAGCGCAAACAGAGAUCUCCACGACAGUCGUAUCAAGAGGAGGACAGUGGUGUGAGGGAGGUAGAAGCCAAACUGGAGCAGAUUCAGAUGGAUCAGGAAAGCCCAGAGGAGGAGGUCUGUGAGGAGAAUGUGGCUCUUGGGGAGGAAGAGAAGCUGUGCCAGGAGGAAGAACAGGUCCAAGAGCAGGAUGAAGAAGAGGAAGCUAAUCUAAAGGAAAAGAAGAGGAGGAGAGAUGAAGAAGAUGAUGAAACACAAGAAAAACACCAGGAGGCUCCAAGCCUGGCCAGCCUGGAGGAGGAAGAGGAGGAGGAGGAACUGGCCUCUGGGCACAUUGCUGUGUGUUCCACCAAGAUCACGGACAGGACCGAGUCGCUGAACCGCUCCAUAAAGAAAAGUAACAGCAUCAAGAAGUCCCAGCCUGCUCUCCCAGUGUCCAAGAUCGAUGACAAGCUGGAGCAGUACACACAGGCUAUUGAGACAUCCACCAAAGCUCCAAAAGCUGCCAGACUGCCUUGUCUUGAGCUUCCUAGCAUGAGCAUGAUGGUAUCCAGCACAAAGAGCCUCUGGGAGACUGGAGAGGUGGCAGCUCAGUCUGCUGUGAAGACCCAGCCCUGUAAGGACAUUGUGGCUGGAGACAUCCUGAGUAAAAGAAGCCUUUGGGAACAGAAGGGCAAUCCCAAGCCUGAGGCCAGUGUCAAGUCUGUUCCUGGCAAAAGGUAUAAAUUUGUUGCCACAGGCCAUGGCCAGUACAAGAAGGUGUUGAUAGAUGAUGAUGCAGAGCAGUAA